UGCAACGAGGAGGCGAAGGAAGAAGAGAGACCUCAGGAGAAGGAACAACACAAACAACAACAGAAAGAACAACAACAACAACAACAACAACUAAGAGAAGAACAGAAACAAAAAGAGGCAGAAGAAAAAGAAGAGCAGAAAAAGAGAGAAAUGGAACAGAAAGAGGAGCAGAAAAAGAAGGAAUUGCAACAGAAAGAAGAACAGAGGAAGAAGGAAUUGCAACAAAAGGAAGAACAAAGGAAGAAGGAAUUACAACAAAAGGAAGAACAGAGGAAGAAGGAAUUACAACAGAAGGAAGAGCAGAAAAAGAAGGAAUUACUACAGAAAGAGGAACAGAAAAAGAGGGAAUUGCAACAAAAGGAAGAACAAAAGAAAAGGGAAUUGCAACAAAAAGAAGAACAGAAGAAGAAGGAAUUACAGCAGAAAGAAGAACAGAAGAAAAGGGAAUUACAACAAAAAGAAGAACAGAAAAAGAAGGAAUUACAACAGAAAGAAGAACAGAAGAAAAGGGAACUGCAGCUAAAAGAAGAACAGAAGAAAAAGGAAUUACAACAGAAAGAAGAACAAAAGAAAAGGGAAUUACAACAAAAAGAAGAACAGAGAAAAAAGGAAUUACUGUUGAAAGAAGAACAGAAGAAGAAAGAAUUACAACAAAAAGAAGAACAGAAGAAGAAAGAAUUACAACAAAAAGAAGAACAGAAGAAGAAGGAACAACAGCUAAAGGAAGAACAGAAAAAGAAGGAAUUGUUGAUGAAAGAAGAACAGAAGAAGAAAGAAUUACAACAGAAGGAAGAGCAGAAGAAAAGGGAGUUGCAGCAGAAGGAAGAGCAGAAGAAGAGAGAAAUGCAGCAGAAAGAGGAACAGAAAUUGCGAGAACAGAAAGAGCGAGAGGAACAAGAGCGAGAGAAGGAACUGAAGGAGAAGCAAGAGCAGAAGCAAGAGCCACCAGCAGAAAAGCCCAAGAGAGAACACCACAAGAAGGACGACCAGCCCCACCACGCCAGACAGCAGCAGCAACCGCCACCACCACAGCAACAACGACACCACCACCAGCGUCUGCGGCAAAAGGAGCGCCACGCGCAGCACGGGAAGGAGAAGCAUGUGCCGCAGGAGACAGAGCCGCACGCGCAGCAGGAGAAGGACCAGCCGGCGCAGCAGGGUAAGGAUCAGCAGGUGCAGCAGGCGAAGGAGAAGGAGAAGGAGAAGCAGGCGCCGCAGGGGAAGGAGCACCCGCCGCGACCCAAGGAGCACCCACAGGCCAAGGAACGACAGGCUCGGGUCAAGGAGGAGGACCGAGGGGGAGGCACGGAGUCUCCUCCUCCUACCCCUCCUUCUCAGGGCAAGGAGGCGAGGAGGAAGGAGGAGACUCCGCCGAAGCAGCAGCCGUCUGAGCCUCCGCCGCAAGCACAGCAGGUGGCGCAGGCCGAGCCCCAGCAGGAAGGGAAGAAGCAGGCGGUUCCCCAGCAUGCGAGGAGACACUUGCACCGCCACGCGAGCGAGGACGCCCAUCAGGACGUCGUGGUCGUGAAGAGGGCGACGCACGUGCACAUCCGGAAGGCGCCGUCGCAGCUGGAGAUCCGCGAGCAGCUCCAGCGCAUGGACGGUAGGCUCCACAAGCAGAUCAAGGAGCAGACGCCCCACGUGGUCAUCGAGAGACUCCCGCGGCCCAAGGAGGAGCAGCUCCUGCAGAGGACCAAGCAACACCAGCUGCAGAAGGCCAGGGCACAAAAAGAGCAGAAAGAACAGCGGGAGCAGAAGGAGCAACAGCAGGCUGCAGCGAAGGCUCAGUCAGAAGACUCCCACGAGAAGAAAGACCAGUCGUUGCCGCAGAAGGAGCAGGAGAGAGACCCGCCGCUUCAGGAGAAGAAGCAGUUUUCUCAAGCAGAAGGAGAGCAGCAGUGUGCGCAGUCGAAGAGAGAGCAGAAGAAAGAGCAGCAGCAGGAGGAGGCGGAAGAACAGCAGCAGCAAACAACCGCCACGAAGCAGCCGCUGGAGUCCCCAAAGGACGAAGAGACUCCGAGGCUCAGGAAGGACGCGCAGCAGAAGGAGUACCAGCCGCUGCCCCAGGAGAAGGAGGAGGCGCCGCAGUGGAAGGAGGAGACUCCGCCCAAGAAGGAGUCCCAGCAGGGGAAGGACGAAUCCCUCCAGCAGGAGAACCAGUCGCCGCUGGAGCAGGAGGCGCACCGGAACCUCAAAUCAGGAAAGUGUGGCGGCGUGACAUGGAGGAAGCGAGGAGCGGGUCGAGUGAGUCAUGAUCGUCCGCGGACUCGAACUCCACGCCGAGGACACUAUCGCACGCCCUCGCGCCCGACGCGCCGCAUUCUAACGCGGCUGGAGAAGCAGAGCAGCAGCGAGGACAGUUGCAGCAGUAGCAGCAGUAGUAGCGCUUGCACCACCCCCGACCGGCGGCCCACGCGCCCCUCUCCAAGACAGAACAAAGUACAAACUUCAAGCACCACUAAAUCGCGUGAGGCCGAGCUCACCGGCCAGAGCGCAAGCAGCAUCAGCGGCGAGCAUAGCAGUAGAAGUAACUCCAGUACAAGUAGCAGUAGUAGUAGUUGUAGCGUAACCAGUAGCAGCAGCAGUAGCAGCAGCAGCAGCAGUAGCAGCACCCCGGAGCCAGAGCUACCGACAAGGGCCCCCUCGCGACGCCUGGCCGCGGCCGUUGCGUUACGACACACGCGACUCAUCGCUGCCACCUUAGACCGGCCCACGCCCAGCCCGCCCAGCCCGCCCAGCCCGCCCGCCAAGGCUGCCGUCGAGCGAGCCACGCCGAGCCCGCCCUCGAAGGCAAGCGCCGCCGCCAGCCCCCCCAAGGGCGCCUCCGAUCGGCCCGGCAAGAGAGGCUCCCCCAACAACGGAGCGACCCGCCGGCCGCCGCAGCGCUGCCGGAGCGUCUCCCCGGGCACCCGCGCCGCCCACUUCGCGGCCGCCACGCAAUGCUCAAACAAGAACAACACUAAUAACGAGAACAAUAGAAACACCGGCAAUUGCGAGAACAAUAGCAGCAAGAGCCAGAAACGGAAGAGCAACGCCAGCCCGAGCCGAGGCCACAAUUCCGCCCCCAGACACGCCGCCGAAAGGGAGUCGCGGCCCGUCUCGCCCGCCCACCAUUCCCAUUCCAAGACCAGCCGGAAGGAUUCCCAUUCCACGGAUGGCAGUUCCUCCGAGGAACCUGUGGUGAUCUACGAGAAGACCACCUACCGCCCCCCGCCGCCCGACGCCCACAGAACCCCCUUGGGCAGCGCCAGCAAGGAAGCGGCCAGGACCCCGCAGGCUCCCCCAUCAAAGGACGCCCAGAGAAGAACGGAGGCAGAACCGCGUCCCAAGGAAGACGCCGCGUGCAGACCCAAGAGCUCGCCCGUGCCUGCCCCGAGCGAGGCGCCACGACCCGCCCCGCCACGGAAGGAAGAGGCUCCGUCGAUCACCGUCAGCAGCGGGACCCCUCCGAGGUCAAGCAGCGGCAAGAGUCCCGCGAGCGAGGGCGCGAGUACAGCGCCCCGAGAGGAGAGCAGUGACGUGAGUGUGGUGUGUGCCGUCAGGGCGCCAGAAGAGCUCGCCCCGCGCUGCUUGCCCAAGGCCCUUCCUCUUGAUGAGGUUCGGCUCCCUGUGCCGCCCGGUGCUUGCCGAAGCGAGAGUGCCGCCGCGAAGUCGCUGCCGCCCGAUGUGGUCAUAGUGCCGGCCGACCCGCCGCACGAGGAGCCCAAGUGCCAAAGAGAGCGAGCGAGCGAGGGCGCGCCCCGAGUGUGCAUCGCCUCCGAGCCGCCGCUGGACCUGGCCAGAGACCACCCGCUCGGCCACCCGCUCGGCCACGCGCACCCCCGGACCACGGAGGGCCCCGCGGCACCCUCGCCCGCCCGAGAAUGUAAGCGGCCCGCGUGCUCGAGUGCCAGCGCCUGCACCACGAGCCUCAGCGUCUGCAGCAGGAGCGGCGCCAGCAGCGUCAACAACGUCGCCUUCUGCCCCGGCGACAAUCGAGUGAGCGAGGCGGCAGUCAGUGCCCGCAGUAGUGCCAGUGUUGCGAGUGUAGACCAAGGACGUUUCGUGAGUGCCGCGGUCAGCCACCAUGACACAGGUGUUAAGAAUGGCGUUGUGGGCCACAGUGCCAGCAGUGUUGUGGUGAGCAGUGUCACUGCUCCCCUUUGUGACGGUGUGACUACGGUGUCAUCAGUGACAAGUGUAUCGAUAGUGGCUGGCACUCCAAGUGCCAUUGUUAGUGCCGUUGCGUGGUCGUCAGAAAGCAACAAGGUGAACACUACUAGCAGCAAUAGCGGCAGUAGUAGUGUUUGUAGUAGUGGUGGCAGCGGUAGUAGCCGUGGGUGUGGUGAGGUGGCGGGCGUGGUGAGCGGGCGGGCAGUGACGAUCACCGCCACCAGCGGGCCGGGCCCCACGUGCGCCUCCCGCGUGGCCUCCCCGCCCUGCGUGAGCAUCACGGCCGUGGUGCGGAGUCCUGCCGCCCUCCAGCCCGCCAACCCUGACCCGCUCCACUCGGCCCCGCUUCACCAUGACGGGGCCUCCCACGCUCCCCUCCAUCACCACCAUCUCCUCCACCAUCCUCAGCCUCACCACCAUCAACUCCCCCCUCAGCAGCAGCAGCCCCAGCCCCAGCAGCAGCAGCCCCCGCAGCAGCAAGCCCAGCAGGUCCCCAGCAGCAGCGCGCCAGCAGCCACCAGCUCCAGGAUGGACCACUGCGACGGCUCCAGUGACUCGGGUGUGAGUGUGACCGAGCGCUCCGUGUCUCGCUCCUCGGUACUCAGUGAUGACCGGUCGUCCUCGGCCGAAGUGAAGCCCAACACCCCAACGCCCACCUCUGCCACUGUCCCCAACAAGACGUCCCAGGCGUCGUCGUCCUCGUCGUCGUCCUCGUCGACCGCUGCUGCGCCCCUCGUGCUCGACCGUAAGGAACCCAUCCGCGUGUGGCGCGACCCGUCUCUCGUGUCGCAGUCGGAGCACACGGUGCGUCACAUACACUCCGUGCAGCACACCGCCAUGUCCCAGCAUUACCCGGGGGUGCCGCCCCAGCACCAUGCGCCCCCGCCCUCAGGAGGCUCAGCGGCCCCACACGCCCCUCCACACCAUAGCUCUCAUGGACAACCCCCUGUGUCCCUGGCGCACAGCCUGCCUCCAGGCCUGCCCUAUCCUGCACACCCUACUGCAGCCACAGCAAGUUUACCUCAGCCCCUGCACCUACCGCCCGGCCUCCAGCAGCCCCUGGCUGCAGCAGCGGCAGCCGGCCUCUACCCUCUCUCGCACGAGAUGUGGAAGCAGCUAGGCCCAGUGCCCACCAUCCCCCACGCCUACGCCGGCCUCCUCAACCACCAUCAGGAGGAGUUCCUGCAGCGGGAACGAGCGCGGGAGAUGGAGCGAGCCGAGAGAGCCGAGAGAAUGAUGAGGCGUGAGGCAGAAGUUCGGGAAAAGGAACGACUUGCCAAGGAGAAAAUGGAGCGUGAAAAAACAGAGAGGGAGCGGAGAGAAAGAGAGGAGCGGGAGAGGGAGAGGAGAGAGAAGGAGAGACGAGAACAGGAGGAGAAGGAGCGUCAGCAGUACCAGGUGGACCAGCAUUUCAACAAGACUUUCCGCCUGGCCCAGCACAAGCACGGUGGAGAGACUGUCCGCCACAUGCCAGCCGAGAACCUCAACCAGGCCUAUUACGUCCACGGCUUGACCAACCACCACCAUCCCUCCAACCACCCAUCUCACAACCACCCCCUUCUCAUGACACCACACAGUAAAGCCUACCAGGCCCAAGCGCACGCCCAGAAGGUUGGUGGAUGGAAUAAUCUGUCUAGUUUGGUCAAAACGGAACGAAUAGAUGCAAUGGAGGAUCGACAUCUUUUGGAGCAACAGCAGCAGCAGCAACAGCAACAGCUACAGCAGCGUCAGGAAGAAGCCAUACGCCGUGCACAUGAGCCAGAGAAGAUGGUGCAGGAAAGUAUAUACAAAGCUUUCCGUAAAACAGAUAGGGAUAGGGGUCCUCCACCAGCACACUCCAGUAAACCUUCAGAGAAGCCUGCGGUUUCCUCGGGGUUGCCCAAAAUUGCUGAACCAAACUUCAACUUGGCCACCUAUCCACCAAAUUACCUAGCCAAAGAGGCCAAACUUCCCCACACUGAGAGGGUCCCCUACCUGCGCUACGCUGACCCACGGGACAAGACAUCAGUCAUCAUCCAGCCAGAGAACAAGUAUGAAAAAGCCCCUCCACAUUCUAUAAGUCCCAAGCAGCGGCCCCCAGAAAGGUCUAGUCCAUACCCACCUGGUUCAGCGUACAAACCACAUGAACCAUCUCCCUCCUUACACAGAAGUAGCACCUCGCAUCAUCAGAAUACUUUGCCCCACAGUGUGGAGUUGACCAAAGCUAGACAACCACAGUCUUCUCCGCACUCCACACCUUCACCAGCACAUCCUGACCGAUACUAUUCCUCAGGGGUAAAACCCCCUCCUCCCACCACUUACCCUCCUAAUUUUAUAACCGCUGGGCUGGUUCCCAAUCCAUUACAUGUAGCGUCAGUUUCUGCUAAGUCGAAGGUGAGCUCUCCGCCGCCUCAAAUCUACGGCAAGCCUGGCAUAACCACAGGUACUCCAGUGUGCCGUCCUGAUUCCAGACCUCCACAACCUCUGCCCCUUACCAGCAAAGCCAGUGGUGUGGGAGGACCACCUCCAGCUCAUUCGGGUAGAGGGGUACUUCCUGAAUCAAGGCCUCCAAUGCCACCACAUGAACAGCGGCCACCCAUGGAAAGAAGCCCAUAUGAUGCUCGCAUCUAUCCGCCCACAGUACCGUCUCCACACCAUAAACAUGUGGUAGCUCCAGGUCCACCACCACCUGCAAGGAUAACUCCAGUUUCUUCUCCCCAUGUGGCAACACCUCACAUUCCCCAACACCCGUCCCCACAACCAACACAGACACAGCCUCUGGAUCUGGGCACCCGUGAGGAUGCUGCAUCUCCCAGCAAGAGACGAACUCAAACUCCAACACCUCAAGAUCCAAAGAAACCCAGAUUUGAAAGUACAGCUAACCAGCCACUGUUGUCUCGUGUAUCAGAACCAAGCCCUCUGUAUCCAACUGCUGCUACUACGAUUACCACUGUAGAGAACACCGUAGCUCUUGCAGCCAACCUGUCUCGUGUUGCAAGUCCAGCUUCACGCCCGCCGAGCCAACCUCCAGCUGCUACAACCCCAACUCUUCAACGUGCUGAAAACAGCUCAUCGCCAGGGGCAAACAAGAUGACAGAACCAGAGAAAUCCAAUAGUCCAGGUCCUGCUGGGGGUUAUGUGCACAAGCUUAAGAAAGCAUGGCUUCAGCGACAUGAGAGUGGUGUUGAAAUCAUCCCACCAACAACCACCAAUAGUUCAGGCUCACUCUCGGUUAGAGUAGCUACACCACCUCCUCCUCCGGCCAGCAGUACCCCCACUUCCUCUAAGCCUACAUCAACAAUUACUACAGCUGUCAAGUCUGAGCCAAAAGUAGUUGUACGUAAGCCAAAAGUUGUGAAUAGUAUACCGAACAGUAUACCUAAUGGGCAUAGCCAAGAUAUCAAAGAUGGGGACUCAAGCUCAACGGACUCUGAAGGGAGUACUACUCAAAAGCCAAAGCGAGGCAAAGGCAAAAGAAAAUUGAAAAGAAUGAAAAAAAGUAGUGAUAGUAAUAGUGAGAGUGAGAAAGACAGUGAUGCGAGUGAAGAGACAAACCUCAAGAAAUCGGGGAGAAUACCUUCCAAACCUGAUUCUGAACCCAAGAAAAGAGGGAGAAAACCCAAGUCGAAGCCAGACAAAGACAAGGAAGAAGGCCCAAAGCCAAAAAAGUCCAAAGAGGAACCCCCACAAAAUGACCCUCUGCAGAAACCCCCAGUAUCUCAGCUCAAGAAAACAGGAGAGAGCUUCUUGCAAGAUGGGUCAUGUUAUGAGGUGGCUCCAAAACUACCUAAGUGUCGAGAGUGCCGUUGGACAGCCCACCAGAGGAACAAGAAGAUGCCCAACAUCUUCUGCCGUUUCUACGCCUUCCGACGACUCCGUUACACCAAGAAUGGGCAACUGGCAGUUGCUGGGUUUUCAGACCCCAUAAAAGACGUGUCGGUGGAUGACCUAAAACUGUGGGUGCCAGACAGUGAUAAUCCUCCUGAGGACUUGGAUGAAGAAACAAGUCUGUUUUUAUUGACCCAUGUAGGGGAUCAGUUCUGUGACCUGGUGGAGCAGGAGAAGGAAGCAAUGGCACUCCAUAUGGGUGAUGAGACUGUAGUGGCUUGGAAGCGAGUGGUGCAGGGAGUUCGGGAGAUGUGUGAUGUGUGUGAAACUACUUUGUUCAACAUCCAUUGGGCGUGUAGCAAGUGUGGUUUUGUGGUCUGUAUAGAUUGCUACAAAGGACGCAAGAACGGAACAGUGAAGGUGUGGGAUGAGGGCGGUAAAGACCGUGAUGAAUACUCGUGGUUACUGUGUGCAUCUAGACUCCCGCACGAGCAGGACAAACUCAUGCUUACUCAGAUAAUCUCGGGGAAUGCGCUCCUUGAGCUGGGGGGGAAAGUGCAUGAAGUGAGACACAAAUGGAACAUCCCUCAGUACUGUGAAUGCCCUGAGGCUAAAAAGUACAAAGAACAAGCAUCCCAAGACGAUAAGAAGAAGCUCAAUGGAGUGAAUAAAGAUCUGCUCAAAAACAUAAAGAAAGACCCUAGUAAAAGUGAAUUGGUGAAUGGAACGGUGAAGCAGGAGAAGACCGAGAAAAUGAAUGGCAAAGAUGAAGAGAUGUCCAACUCUCCACUGAACUUCUUUGCUGAUGUUGCACUCUCCAGUGACAAGAGAGACAGUGAGAGUUCUGACUCGGAUUCAGACUCCGACUCAGAUGACAAGGAGGGCAAUUUCUCAACCCUGCGAGAGCUGCUGAUCAGGCCCAAUGCACGGCCCAAUGGAGGCACGAAGGAUGAAAACACACCUCCUACAAAGUCCAGCAAAGAGACCAGUAAGAAGAAGCCCAAGCUGGACACCGUGGAUGAAGUCAUCUCCUGCGUGAUUGACAACACAUCGGACAAGGAGGACACGAAGGAUAAUGACCCGAUGGUGCUCAAACAUUUUGUCCGAAAGUACAACUACACUCCUCGAGGGCGUGAGCCACUUCCAAUCAGGAUAAUGACCAAGACUGAGAGCAGCACCUUGUAUCCUGGUGUGGCGCACUCCUGGCUCUGUGAUGGCAAGCUGCUGCGGUUACAAGAUCCCCUUGCACCCUCCAACACACUCAUCUUCCAGGAUCAGUGGAAGCGGGGACAGCCUGUCAUCAUAUCUGGUGUUGGGCAGAAGCUCUCCUCUGAGCUGUGGAAACCAGCUGCAUUCUCAAAGGACUUUGGAGACAUCAAGAAUGAUCUAAUCAACUGUCUCACAGGUAACAUUGUUCCCAACCAACCUAUGAAGAAAUUCUGGGAAGGUUUUGAGAACUAUGGCAAGAGACUGAAGGAUGAGAAGGGCCAACCCAUGGUGCUGAAGCUGAAGGAUUGGCCUCCAGGGGAUGACUUUGCAGAAAUGCUGCCCUCAAGAUUUGAAGAUCUGAUGACUGUUCUACCAAUGGGAGAAUAUACGAGAAGAAAUGGCCGCUUAAAUCUUGCUGGCCGUCUCCCAGAGUGCUUCGUCCGGCCUGACCUGGGUCCAAAAAUGUAUAUUGCUUAUGGUUCGGCCAUGCACCCAAGCAGAGCUUCCACAAAUCUUCAUUUGGAUAUCUCUGAUGCUGUUAAUGUCAUGUGUUAUGUUGGUGUUCCUAAAGAUGCUGAUUAUGAAGAUCAUAUAAAAGCAGCUCUAAAGGCCAUCGAUGAGGCUGGCUGUGAUGUCCUUACCCGUCGAAGAGUGCGGGAGAAGGAAGAAGUACCAGGAGCGCUGUGGCACAUCUACCAUGCCAGAGACGCUGACAAGAUUCGCGACUUGCUCAAUAAAGUGGCCAUAGAACGCGGGGAUAAGCUGGAGCCUCACCACGACCCCAUUCAUGACCAGUCUUGGUACCUGGACGGUCCUCUGCGAGAGAGACUGUACAAGGAAUAUGGCGUGGAGGGUUACGCCAUUAUCCAGUGUCUGGGAGAUGCUGUCUUCAUCCCAGCAGGGGCUCCUCAUCAGGUUCGUAAUCUGCACAAUUGUGUAAAGGUUGCUGAGGAUUUCGUCUCUCCGGAAAACAUCUCGUACUGCUUCCACUUAACACAAGAAUUCCGGCACCUGAGCGACACUCACACCAACCAUGAGGACAAACUCCAGAUUAAAAAUAUUAUCUACCACGACAUGAAAGACUCCAUAGCCUGCCUGCUAUCGGCAAGCAAGAAAAUAGAGGCUACAAAUUCUGAAGUGAAGGAAGACCCAGAGAAAAAAAUAAAGAAGGAAAGCGAUUCAUGAAAUUAGCUCAAGUGACUAGUAGUUCAUAUCAGUGAAAACCUUGAUGCUGUGUGUUGAAAGUGUUAUUCUUUGCAACUCUUGGAAAUAUUAUGUUGGAGCAAAGUGUGCAUGAAAAAGCAGAGGUAAAGACAUUAGUGUGUGAACAGACACGUGAAAUGACUAAAGAACCAUUGUAGCGAACUGACAUUCAAUGGUGUCAAAAACAUUUUUUAUACAAAAUGGUUUUCCUAUAAUGAGUGCAAAUAAUCAAUUCCACUUUCGAUUUAUAGCAAAGCUGUAUUAUUGAUCUGUGUGGAACACAAAGUCCAGUUCAUUUUGAUGUUUAUUAACAAAGACAGUAAUAUAAGUAGAAAUGGUGUAAUUAUUUAUUAAUCCAAUAUGAUGUACUAAUCACCAUGGACCUUACUAUUAAGGACCCACAUAAUCUCUAUGUAUCCACGGUGUACUUAAACCAGUGAUGCCACAUAGAGUGCACAGUAUUUUGUGCACAGUGUGAGUUGAAGACUCCGACCGGAGCAUCCCCACAGCUUAGGGUAUGCACUUCGAUUACUGGUGUUAGGUGUUGACAAGCCCAGCUGGGACUGCCAAGUGCAACAAGUGGUUUAGUUGAGAUACCCUCAAGUACCAAAAGGACGGGGAACCCCAGUUGUGGCCAAGCAACUACUCCCCUCCCUGCCCCUUCCACCUUCCCUCUCCACUUCCUACUCUCAUCUUUUGAUCUCUGACUCGGAGUGUAUCCUGGUAGCAAUCUCUUUGAUCUGUUUGUUGCACACGUGUACACAUGGACACCGAUGAAAACUUUAAAAUAAAAUAAAAAGAAAGCAGGGGCUCUUCUUCCCCCACGCUGGCUGGGGGCCUUGAUUAUUAUAUAUUCUGCCCAGCUGAAGGUUGGUAGUGCGGCGGUGGAGCAGAGGGAGGCGGGACAGACACGAGCAGGAGGGGAGACUUGGCCAUGCCCUUCAGAGUGUGACAGUGAUCAGCCUCUACAACGAUCCUCCAACCAAGCUGCUGCUGCUGCCACCACCGCCACCUUUCCUCCCUCCCUCCCAGUAUCCUCCCCUCCCCUCCCCCCUCUUUCCCUGCCCACUCUCCACCACCGUCAUUUUGUACAUUGAUCUCAUUGUUGGUGUAAAUGUGAGUAGUGUUGAGGGAUGGAUGUUUCUUGUAGUGUGUUUCUCACAUGUCAUGUUGUUAUAUUUGUUUAAUAUUGAAGCCUGUGUUUUCUUUGAGAAAUUUACAAAACACAAGUGAUAGGCAUGUUGUUGCCAUUGAUCUUUCUUUUUAUUAUAAAAUUAACACUCAAAAGAGAUGAGAAAUAAUUUAUUUGCUUGUCAAUCGUGGGCGGAUGUAGAAAUGUACAUUGAUGUAGGCGUGUAGUGAGCGAGGGGUUCAGCCAAGCCCUGACGACCCCUCUCCCCAGCCUCAUCAGGAGGACGCAACUGUACUACUUUUUUGUACUGUCAAUAUGUAAACAGAUCACAAUUUGAAUAGGAAAAAUGAUGCCAUGAACAA